AUGGCUUCAGCCUCGCUGCGGGUGGCAGUAGUGUGCUCCAGCAACCAAAAUCGGAGCAUGGAAGCCCACCAUCUCCUCAAGAGGAAGGGAUUCGCUGUCCGGUCCUUUGGAACAGGGACUCAUGUGAGGCUUCCAGGACCAUCAGCUGACCAGCCCAAUGUUUAUGAUUUCAAUACCACUUAUGAUGAAAUGUACAGAGAUCUUGUUAAGAAAGACAAAGAGCUCUAUACAAAGAAUGGCAUUUUGCGUAUGUUGGAAAGAAAUAAGGAGAUCAAGCCAAGGCCUGAAAGGUUCCAGAACUGCAGAGAUGUAUUCGACCUGAUCCUCACUUGCGAAGAGCAAGUUUACGACCAGGUGGUGGAAGAACUGAAUUCCAGAAAGCGUGUGACCUUCCAGCUGGUGCACGUGGUUAACCUGAAUAUCAGAGAUAACUUCAAAGAGGCCAGCCUGGGGGCAUUCCUGUUCUCUGAGUUCUGCCAGUGCUUUCAGCUCUUGGAUGACGUGAACAAGGAGAUCGGGGAAGUGCUCCUGGAAUUCGAGGAGAAUAGUGGCCAGACCUUCCUGCAUACCGUCUGCUUCUACUGA